GAGUGAACGCGACAAGCUGGUAACGACAAAGCAGGUGGAAUGCAAUAUCGAUAGUUGCUCGACUGGAAGAGCAAUUUACAAUCUCUCAAUUAAGCAAAAGAUGGACGUAUUCUCCAUAUCUUCUCCAAAUUGGUGGUCUCCUUGCUUCAUGUUUGAUUUAUUAUUUUUUCAUUUUAUUUUAGAAAUUCAAUCUGUGUGUAUUUUCUCAUCAGAAAUAUAUGUAGGUGUGGUGGUCAAUUCAAAAAUUGAGCGACGAUCAUUUAGUGGUGGACGAUAUUUGAUAGAAGGAAAUCUUGAAGUACUUGAGAAGAAUCGGAGAGGAACGAGAAAAAUGAGGCGAACAAAUGACUCGUCUUCAGUUUUUGACGUUAAUUUUACUUGCUUCCCAACAUUUGAUAAAUUGCAAUAACCCUCUAAAUUGUAAUCCUAAUUCUGAAUCAUUGUUCGUCGAAGAUCCAACAGAUAGACAGGCGUUUUUCAGCUGUAAACCUUAUGUGAAUUAUCCAUCAAUCGGUUUUUGGUCUCGUCAUUACUGCCCGAAUGACAUGCACUUUGAAUACAGCUCUCAGCAGUGUACAACAGACAGUCUUCCACCAAAUACAGUUAGAGAAGCAAAUGAUCUAUUACAACUAGCAAUUUUAAAUGGAAGUUGUGCACAUGGAGAACAAUGCAUUGGUGGAACGGUUUGUGAUCCUGUUCAACAACGAUGUUUAUGCCCUUAUGGAACUGUUGCUUUGUUGGAAAAUCUAUUCUGUGCAAAAUUGAUUCCACCAGUGGGCACUACCCUUCAGCAACAAUUUUCUUAUGGUGGUCAAUACUAUUCUUCACAAGUUCCAUUAUCUUCCCAAGGAACAUCAACAUCGUCUCCUCUUAAUUCUUUAGUCCCAAUCGGUUCAUAUUGUGAUCAAGAAGGAACAUGUGAUGGAGGUUCUACAUGCAUUAAUUCUGUUUGUGUCUGUCCUGCAAAAACAAAAAAUAAUGGAAAUAAUUGUACAACUUCAUUAUCAAAUUUUUCAAAUAUUCCUUCUUCAACUUCUGGACAGCAACAAUUAACAAAGGAAUUGUUUGGUCAAAAAACAUUUUUUAGAGCCAAACUGGGCGAACAAUGCAAUGAAUAUUUGGGCCUUUUCUGUGCUGAUCAAAGCUCGUUAUGUUUCAAUGGUUAUUGCCAAUGUAUUCCUCCAAUGAUUGAACAACAAGGACAAUGUCAGAUGCCUCCAACUAGGGAAGCUGGUCCUGGAGAGCUCUGCAAUUCUGGACAGGUCUGUGUAGGUGGUUCUGUAUGUAAUCAACAAGUUCCACUUUGUGUGUGCCCUAAAGAAACUGAACUGGUCAAGGGAAGAUGUGUGGAAAGGAACUUGGAAAGGGCUUCUAAAGAAGAAAAAAUUGAAGAAAAGGUUAAAUUUCUGUUUGAAAAAAAAAUUUAA